CCUCCUCCUGUUCCUCCCAGACUUGACAAGCUGGAAGGAUUAACCAGGUUGAAGGCCAACGUCAACGUUGUCUCACUCAAUGUUGGAAAACUGGUUGACACCAGUCAAGACUCAGGCAUGGAGACUUUUCAAAGGCCAGUGAUUUGUGGGAAAUGUAGUGCUGCUUUGUCAUGUCUCAGUUCGUUACAGAAGAACGUUUGGCGAUGUGAGUUCUGUGGAUAUGAAAACAGCGUAGACGAAAGUUUAGCUGCUUUGUGCAUUGGCCAGCGAGCCGGUGUGCGCAGUGAUGACCUUUACCUGCCCAGACAGAGUGAAGACGACUAUCAGAACUUGGAGGACACGCUAGUUGUUUUCUGCGUGGACACUUCUGGCAGCAUGAGCGUUACUACAGAGGUUCCAUCAAGCAAUGGCUCUGUAACAUACGUAUCCAGACUAGAGGGUAUGCAGGAUGCCCUCUACAGGGCACUAUUCACCAUAAAGCAACGGUCCCCUCAUCGGAGGGUGGCUCUGGUGACAUUUAACGAUGAGGUUGUAAUAUAUGGUGAUGGUACUAGUGCUCCUAUCACACUCAGGGAUUGGGCGCUAGUUGACUACGACCAUAUAUGGGAAAAGGGUGUGACUUACCACAUCCCACACUGUAUCGCUGAGACCUACAACCACCUAAUACAGAGGGUCAAAGAACUCAGGGAACAUGGAGCCACGUGUCUUGGUCCCGCAGCAUUAGCCUCCGUUGCCAUGGCUUCAAGGUACCCUGGGUCAAAAGUCAUUUUAUGUACUGAUGGCAAAGCAAACAUCGGACUGGGAGAGAUGGAGGAAGCUCCCUCUCUGACUCCUUCUGCCUUUACUCCAUAUUUCUAUACUCAGCUGGCUCUAGAUGCGGUACAGAAGGGAGUCAUAAUAUCAGUAAUGACUUUUGAAGGGACAGACUGUCGCCUGGCUGAUAUUGGUAAACUGGCAGAUGCUACGGGAGGAAGAGUAAAUAUUGUCAGCAUUGGCACGGUAGCAAGAGAGAUUGAAUCGGUCUCCGAAGAUAACGUCCUAGCUACAGGAGUCAAAGCAACCCUGCUCGCUUCUGAUGGAGUGUAUUUUCCAUAUGAGGAUGAAAACAAUCACAAACUGGUAAGAGAGAUUGGGAAUGUCACCAAAGGUCUGGAGAUCACCUUCCAGUUUGCUGUAAAACCAGAUUUUAUGGAAUUUUUUCUCCAGAAAGGAAUGCUUCCAUUCCAAAUGCAGCUCAGCUUCAAGACCAGAGACCAACACAGAAUCACUCGCAUCAUCACCGAACAGCGACCAGCAACUACCUGCAGUCGGAUUUUUGCAGGUAGACUUAACAUGGCAGUGCUCGAUGUUCACUGCGCACAGCUCUGUGCCAGUUUAACCAUGGAGGGUAAAGUGCAGGAGGCACAAAGGCAGCUGAAAGCACAGCAAGACCUGCUGCAACAAGUCAGCAAGUGGAGGCCAAUCCAAAAGGAAGAGAGUAUGUAUGGUAACUGGAUGGAAACCAUGACGACAAUUUGUGAGGACAUUACCACGGAAUCCCAGCUGACUCUUUCUGAUGAAGCAGCUAAGGUGGUGUACCAGAUGAAGAGAGCCAGCAGUGUCAGAAACAACAACAACAGCAGCAACACAGUUAAUGUCCAAAAGAAGACCACAAAGAAGAAAAAGGCUGUCAUGGAGGCUGUGUAAAUUAAAAGACAAAACAAAACUGUUUAUUAAGCAAUUAAUUUUACAGCAGUGAGAGAACCAUAGUUUCUUUUUAUUUAAGAAGCCCAGAGUACAGACAGGCAAAUGUAUAUGACUAAAAAUCUUCUGUGUCUGAGAUGCUGUUGUACAAUAGAUUCAAUAAGAGCUCCUACCUCUUUGCUUAUUCCACGCCUAAUUAUUGAGCUGGAAAUGGAUACAAUUUUUCCAACAUUGAUCUACUCUAGAAAAACUGUACGAGGAGUUUUAUCACAUUUUUAAAUGCAAAAUCUCAUAAACUGAAGAAUUUAGAGUGGUUGUAAUUGAUUUCGUAGAAGCUGUUACGAUUAUAGUUUUCUUUGUAUUGUAAUUAUAUUUCUUAAUAGUCUACAACAGAGAUGGGCAGUAACGAGUAAAGUAAGGCAUUAAUACUGCAAAAAAGGUCAUUAGAUUACUGUUACUUUCCCGUAAGCACGCUGCGUUACUGCGUUACUCU